CCGUUUUCUUUUCUUCUUUUUUUUAUUGAGUCUUUCAUUCUAUUACAGUAAUGGUGAAAGUAGUUAGCCUGCAACUAGGCCUUGUCCAGACCUUGAAACAUAAGUGGCUGGUAAGAUUAAAAUCCACGGGGGAAUUCUUUUGGGAUGAUUUAGCUAAUACAAUGUGGCAUCAAAUUGUUCCAGUUACAGGGCUUGACUACGGUCACUUUCCAUCCGUAAUUUAAAUCCCGUGCCUACUUGCAUUGGUCUAACUUGUUCUCAUCUGGAGUGGUACUGGUGCAGACUGUUGGCACAUGGAAGGAACAAGUCAGGGUGGUCUAAGAAAGCACUUGUAAUAAAAUCUUAUGUAGGAUUUUGUGUGUUCAGACUGUGCCUGUUCGUCAAUGGAGGCAGCUUCUUAUCAGUCCUUGUUGCUGCACAGCAACCGAAAGCUAUUGAUCUGGAAGCUGGAUCCAGAAGACUAGCUUGUGCCAAAUGACUGGGCUAAAGAGCCUGAAGUGAGCAUGUGCAGCAAGACUAGAGGUUCCUUUAAAUUAGAAGGCUGCUUCUGCUUUUAUUUUAAAUAGGUUAGAGCUCGAUCAGUGUCUGAACUGAUCACACUUAUGGCAAGCUUAAGUCUUUCUCAGUCGUGCCUUCAGUUUGUUAACUGCAGCCAAAUGGGUGCUUUUUAGAAAAACUUUUCCCAGUAUUAGACUUAAUAUGAAGGGCUUGUGCCAGGCCUUGUGCUGUUUUACACUCCUGCAGUUUGGGUUUACCUUGAAAAUACUGCCAAGGACAGGCUUUGUUUGGCAUCUCUUCUUAGCAGUGGAGCUGAGCCUUAUUAUGUGGAAAGCGAGUUGCUGGUUCUGGGCAUUUUGGUACCUGGAGUGAGGUGGAUGGACAGGCGCUGCACUGAGAGAGCUGGGGAAGUGCAAGAAAGGUGGCAUUCAAGGAUAUAACAAGGCUGAAGGAGUUUAGGUGGCAGAAAUUAGGUGAAGAUAUAAGCCUAUGUUGUUCCAUUAUGCUUCACAGCACUAUUAUCUUGGCAUUUCUUAAUGGCUUCUUGGGUAUCCAGCAUAUUUCAGACUGGUGUGGUUUUUGGCGAGGCUGGAAGAGCCAGGUUACCCUGCACAGAUUGAGGGAGAGCAGGUCUGUCUAAAUGACAAAACCAAAGCAAAGUCAACAGGUUUAUGAACGGAUUCUCUUGUAACUAUACUAUCACAGAUGUGCUGCCUCUGCAUGAUCCUGACCCCAUUAACUGGGGUGGAACUGCUGGUGAUGAGGCAGCAUGCAGCCAAAAGGCCCCAAGUUUUAUUUUAACAACUUCCAUUUAAAGGAGAACUUGCUCCAAGAAAUUAACAGACCACUUGGUAUGACAGGUAAAAGAGCAAAGACCAUGGAAGGAGCAAGCAGAGACAUCCUCUUGGGAUGCUGGUCUGUAUUUCACGCUGCAGAAGAGUACAAAGCAGCUGUCUCCACUCAGCUCACUCUCAGCAGUGCGCUGAGACUGGCUGAACACCACGGUGGAGAGGGAAGAUUCCUUUUUUCAGCUCAGUCUGUGUUUCAGUGUGCACCAGCAGAGUGUCUCUGUUCUAGAUUCCAGAACAUAUUGUUAAUGCAUUUUUCUUAAAAAGGGAUAUGUGACUAAAAUACAAAUUUGUUUUCCUCAGAAUAUGCAAAAGAGCAAAACUUUCACAUCUCUUAGUAAAUUUGUAUGUCUUCUUACACAUUAAUUGAGCUGUACUGUGAAAAGCACCCAUAAGACCAUGGUUCACUUAAAUAUGUUGCCUAAUGCCUAAAAAAGUUUGCCAUGCCUGGAGAAGAGACUCUGCAAUGACUUACAUCUCAUGAAGAUGCACACAGCUGCCAUUUUUGACCCUGAGGAUAUAGUUUAAUGUCAAACCUAACCCACUAUAACUGCUUGCUGCCACAGAAAGGUUCUGACUGGUUUUUUUCUUCUCUUGUGCUCCCUGCCCAGCUCCACCACCAGUGUUUUCUACCAGCUGAAUCAGAGCUGGUGAAAAUGGCUGAAAAUGGAGAUGGUGAAAACAUGUCCACUUUGGAAAACAAAAUCUGUCAGCAAAUCGAGUACUAUUUUGGCAAUCACAAUCUACCAAGAGACAAAUUCCUGAAGGAACAGAUCAAACUAGAUGAUGGCUGGGUGCCUUUAGAAGUAAUGAUCAAAUUCAACAGGUUAAGUCACCUUUCAACAGAUUUUAGUGUUAUUGUAGAAGCAUUAAGAAAAUCCAAGACUGGUUUAAUGGAAAUAAGUGAAGACAAAAUGAAAAUCAGAAGAUCUCCAAACAAACCCCUUCCCGAGUUAAAUGACCAGUAUAAGGCUGCAAUUAGAAACAGAUCUGUAUAUGUUAAAGGCUUCCCACUAGAUGCAACUCUUGAUGAUAUCAAAGAAUGGCUUGAGGAUAAAGGUCCAGUUGAAAACAUUCAAAUGAGGAGGACAUUGCAGAAAACAUUUAAGGGCUCAAUAUUUGCAGUUUUUGAUAGUGUUGAAUCUGCUAAGAAGUUCACAGAGAUCCCAAACCAAAAGUACAAAGACACAGAGCUGAUAAUACUUUUCAAGGAGGAGUAUUGUACAAAGAAGAAUGAAGAAAGAAAACAAUACAAAGUAGAAGCUAAAGCAAGAGCUAAACAGGAAAAAGAAGAAAAACAGAAACAAGCAGCAGAUGCUGAAAUGAAGUCUCUGGAAGAGAAGACAGGAUGUCUUUUGAAGUUUUAUGGUGAUCUAGAUGAUCAGACAUGCAGAGAAGACCUCCAUGAUGUAUUUUCCAAUCACGGAGAAAUCAAAUGGAUACACUUUGUCAGAGGUGCAAAGGAGGGAAUUAUCCUAUUUAAGGAUAUUGCAAAAGAAGCUCUGGAAAAAGCCAAAGCAGCACAUAAUGGAAACUUACAGCUUCGGAACAAGGAUGUUACAUGGGAAGUGCUAGAAGGAGAUGCAGAGAAAGAAGCUCUGAAAAAAUUAUUGGAAGACCAGCAAGAAUUGCUGAAACAGAAAACAAAAGGACGCAAAACUAAAGGAAAAGGAAGAGGUGGAAAGACACCUCAAGGUGCACACAAAGGAAAAGUACAGUUUCAGGGCAAGAAAAUCAAGUUUGAUAAUGAAGAAGAAGGUGGUGAAGAUGAUAAUAAAACAGAACCAGCAAGUCCCAAGAAGAGACCACUAGAGGAAAUGGAAAAAGAAGAACCUGCACCAAAACAAUUGAAAACAGAAAAUGGAGGAGGAGAUUAGUAAUACUAAAAUAAUAAAAUGUUUAAAAAAAAAAAAAAAAAUCAUUGUUUUAUUGUUCCAUUUUCAAUAGGUUUUAAAGACAUGCCUCAGUUCGGGAGUUUCUUGGCAGAAAAUCUAAUGAAAUCCACUUCAAUGUCAACCUACAAUGAGAGGAAAGCUUCAUUUUGUUGGGUUACAGCUUUUUUUCUGUUUUAAGAAGCAUGCUUACUCUUAACAUACCACCCUGGAAAACUUACAGUUUUGUUUAUACUGUCAGAUCCCCUCAAUUUCUCUGGCACCUCAUUCAAAUGUAAAAGGUUCUGGACUUUGUAAUAUUGCGGUUAUGUUAAAUAGCAGCUGCCAAUAAAUUCAGAACUUAAAACUGCUUACUA